CCCGCUUGCGAGUGGAAGCAGAGCAGCUCAAAGGCGGUGGGAACUGCACGGUGUAAACAUGUGCAAAAAAAUGCUGGGUGGAAAUCGGGCUGCCAGAAUGUGAAUAGAAGCGGAGAGUCGGCGUUUUCACUUCUCUUCUCUCGCCUUUCUUUGUGAUGUCACUGCUGCUGGAUGUGCUGUAAUUGCCCCGGUGGGGCUGAUGGCGUCAUUCCGUGCCCCUGUGUAGCCUCCCGUGCUUUGCUGGGAGAAGGGGAGCAGGAGCUGAGGCCGACGCGAGCGCCUCCGGCGGCCGAGAUCGAGCAACGCCAAGCCGGACAAGCCGGACACCUCGACUCGGAGAGCAUGGAGGCCGUGGCGGAGGAGCUGCGGGCCGGCUCCCGGAUUCCGGUGACCAUCGAUCAAAUAGUCAACGACACGCUGGUGGUGACGCUCACUUACCGGGAGAGGAACUACACGGGCAUUUUGCUCGAUUGCAACAAAAAGACUGGUUUGUUCUGCCUGCCAGAUGUUGUAGGAAAGUCAGAGGAGCCAUUCAUAUCCAAACAGGAGUGUGAAAUCCUGAACGAGGAGCCGUGUUCCAAACCUCCCAUUCAGUCAGCACAACGGCCAAAGGAUGAGAACACAGAGCCUGAAAAGCCCCCUUGCACCCCUAUUCCCAUACCAGUGCUGCCAGGCCAGGCUACAUACCCACCAUAUUUUGAGGGUGCUCCUUUUCCUCAGCCCUUGUGGGUGCGUCACACAUACAGCCAGUGGGUGCCCCAGCCUCCGCCCAGGCCCAUCAAAAGGAAAAAGAGGCGGUCUCGGGAGCCCGGGCGUAUGACCAUGAGCACCAUUAGACUGCGACCUAGGCAGGUGCUGUGCGAGAAGUGCAAAAACACGCUAACCAGUGAUGAGGACAGCAAAGACGGUUCCACGGUGGCCAAGCCGUCCAGGAAAGAAAACGCACCGCAGGGGGAGGAACAUACCAAGGAAGCCCUGCCCAAAGGCCAAAAGAAAGAAGAUGGCGACACUACAAAGGAAUCCAAAAGGCGAGAGGACACGUCAGGCUAUGAGAGCAAGAGGUUCAGAAAAGAUAGGAAGGAGGAAGACAAGUUCCCAGGUAGUGACGUAGUGCCACACAGCCCAGUGAUAAAGAUCUCUUACAGCACUCCGCAAGGGAAAGGUGAGGUCAUGAAAAUCCCGUCCAGAGUGCAUGGCUCAGUAAAACCAUUCUGCCCAAAGCAGCUGAUGCAGAAUGGGGAGCACGACAGCAACCGUGAGCCCAAGAAAGAUCUGCGACCCCCACUGGACUCAAUUAGAACUGGCCUCACGGUGUCAAUCCCCAAGCUUAAACUCCCAAAGCUUUCUGAACAGGACAUCCCUUCACCCAAGAUCCGGUUAAGGUCCCGUGGUGAUGGAGAGGAGCGCGUGUCUGUGUAUGAGGCUGAGUUAGUGGGGGACCCACGACGUAGGAGUCCCAGGGUUCCAGGACCGGCCUUGCCCAAGGACUCCACUGAGGAGAAGAACCCCCUGGAGCUGUGGUCAGGCAGCUCGGGAGAGGAAGGUGAGCGGCAUGGUGACCUCACCCUGCUUAUUAACUUCCGCAAGCGCAAGGCCGACUCCUCCAGCCUGUCUGUAUGCAGCAGCGAUAGCCUGGACGAGUCAAAGUCCUUCAGCUCGGAUGGCACGUCACCCGAGCUGUGUGACUUGGCACCUGGUGAUGUCUCGUCGUCCUCCUCAACGCGUGAGGGCCAAGGCAAGACUGUGCCGCCUCUGACGGUGCGCCUGCAUACGCGCAGCAUGAGCAAGUGCGUGACCGAGGAGGGCCAUGCAGUGACCGUGGGAGAUGUAGUAUGGGGAAAGAUCCACGGCUUCCCCUGGUGGCCGGCGCGUGUCCUAAGCAUUAGUGGAAGCCGGAGGGAUGAGGGCGAGGUGGAUGCUCCCUGGCCUGAGGCCAAGGUGUCCUGGUUCGGCUCUCCCACCACCUCGCAGUUAUCUGUGGCCAAGCUCUCACCCUUCCGUGAGUUCUUCAGACUGCGCUUCAACCGCAAGAAGAAAGGGAUGUACCGCCGUGCCAUCAUUGAGGCGGCCAAAGCGGUGGGCCACAUGAGCUCCGAGAUUGCUUCCCUGCUCUCACACUGCGAGACAUAGGUGAUGUAGCAAUCUGGACUAACAUGAACUCAGACUGUAAGUAACUACAUGGUGGCAGGUGAGUGAUUACUAAAAGAAGCCUGGCUCAGCCAUUCAGUCAAGGGUUAGUGGUUAGUGUGUUUUUCUCACGAAAUACUGCCGUUACAAAUUUUGCCAUGAGCAUUUUUAGUGCUGCUUGCCAGCCCACACCACUGACUUGUUGUUAAAUUCUGUCUGCUGGCGCACAUGCAAGCGCCAGCAUGUCAGAAAUUGCUUUGUGGUGUUGGUCGUAGGUAUUGGUAUCCCCAGAGGUGAUACCGAUACUGCUUUUAAGUGACAGUAUCGGCGCCAAUACCAAUAUGGUAGCGGUGACUGUGCAGCAACAGGGCAUUAUGCUACAAAAGGCUAGUGUACAAAAGACUGAUGUUACAUCAGCUUACGAUGGCAAUUCACUCAGGAGGAACCUGAACCUGAGAGAUGAAUGCACUUAACAUAAUUCCCCAGUGCCGCUUUAUGUAGUUUGAUAAAUAAUAAAUGAACCUGAUAGCAUAAUGUUAUCAUAAGCUCUAUAUACUUAAUAAUAAUAAUAAUAAUAAAUAUUAUUAGAAUGUGUCUUAUUACAUAGCACCUUUCCAAAGCUCAAGGUUGCUUUACAGAGUAUCUGAAAAUAGGCCCACAAAAAAAGCAACUAUGAAACACAAAAGUAUCAGUAUAUGUACAGUAGUAACAAAAAUAGCAAAGCAAAACAAAUUUUCAUAGAUCAUGUGGAAAAAAGCAAUGUAAAGACAAAGACAAUACAAAUGAAAAAAAUAAAAUAAACAGGACAGAAAUGAGAAUACAACAUAGAGCGUGGCUAUGAAGUUGAGUUUUUGAAGUUUUUAGUUCAGUUUUAAAAGAGGAAAUGCAGAUGAGCAGUCACAAAUGUGUCGGAGCAAGGAAUUCCAGAGCUUAGGGGUCAUAACACUAAAGGACCUGCAACCCCAAAAAGGGAGUCUAACCUAGAGGACAACUGACAGAGCCCAGAGCCAGAAGACCUGAGUUUAUACCAUGGGAUAUACAGAUGAAAGAGCUAAGUUCACUAUGGAGGUGCCAGACCAUGUAGUGCCUUAAAAGUAAUGAGUGACUUAUAUGCAAUACGUGAUAAAGUAAAUGGGCAGCCAGUGUAACUGGUAUAAGACAGCAGUGAUAUGUUCUGCAGGUUUGGUGUGGGCCAGUGUUUCAGCGUCUUUUAAUGUGAGCAGGGGCGAACAGAUCUCAUUGUGUCGAUUUGACAAUAUUAUUAAUUUACAAAAGAUUUUUUUAGACAGCAUUUGAUUUUACAUAUAACAUUCACAAAGCAGCUGGAUUCAUUCAUACAUAACCCCAUCUUGUAAAAUCUAGGAAACAUUUCUGACAUUUAAUCUCAUCGAUUAAAUGAGUCACUGCACUUCAAUCAAACAUGACAGGAAAACAAGAAUUUUGUUUUUUAAAUAGUAUGAUAAAUCUUGCUUAAUAUGAUCAGGGACACAAACUAGCCAGGUUAAAAAGGGCACUUUAAUUUCAGGUUGACUUUCAAGCAUUGAAACUCUAAAAUGUGCAGGGCAGAAGUACUCUGUGGCUGGAAAUCACUGCUUUAGACGUUCGUCCUCACCACACUGUUCUUAUCUUCCUUUCAUGCUUCGUUUUACUGAUUACUAUCAGACAGUUUCGUCUUCUAGCAUUACAAUGCCAUAACCACUUUUUAUUAAAUACAUAGAAUUUGAAUCCGUUUAAGUAUGCCAUAGAAAUGUUUUAUAACUUCAUUCUUCUGUUUAUGGGCCUGCUACUGUUGUGUUUGUCAUGUUGCUAAUAUUCAUUGAAGUCCAGAACCUGGUGAUGUUAAAUAUAAGCUCACAGUAACGCUUUGUUCCCACUGUGGCUGUUUGGUCUGCAGUGUUUUUCCUCACACCAUUUUUAGUUGGAUCUUGAAAAGUAUGUGGGCUUUGAGGGGGGGAUGUCAUUCUGCAAUUUCAGCUGUUCAGGCAGAUGAUAUCAUAGAGUUCUUCCCCCUUACCCCCCACAAUGUGCUGAUGUUACUCAUUUUUUUGGUUACGCUACCUCAGAGUGGAAAAGCUAGACAGGUCUGUUUAAUACGGUGGAGCUAAUAUCAACAUUGUGGGUCUGUGUUAGUAGCCAUAUAUGGAAAUAUCAGACUUGCAGAUGGUUUUGUAUACAGAUGAUGUAUUAUAGCAGUAUUAUAACCACAUAAAACUGCUCAGACAUUAAUAUAAAUAUGCUAGAAAGUAUUAUACAAAAUAACACAUAAAUAUGCAUUCACAAUGAAUGUUUAUGUAGUGUAUUUCCAGAAUAUGAUAGUUAAACUGUCACUCUCAGAACAGAAUCUCCAAAAUGUAACUUUUUAGGAAAAGGAAAAGAUUGAUUAAAAUGGUCUUACAUGAACAUGCAUUCAAUUUAAACAAAGUAAUUUUGAACCAUUUCUGUUGGUCCGUUUCUUGUGAAGUAUUCACAUUUGGUAAAGUAACAACUGGUGAUUUCAGAUAAUCCAAAAAAAGAAAACCUGAAGAAAAAGAAAGACGUUACGAGGUAUUAAUAUCAGUCAUGAUAUAUAAAACACUGUGAAUACCAUCCAAGCAUCCUGUAAACUGCCCAGAGCCUGCUUGUUAACUGAUUUUUGUGUUUUGUCUCAGGAGUGGAGGUCAAAGGCUGAAGCCUGGCUGGGAUUCAGGAGCCCGCGCUCCCCUCCUGUGAUUCCCUCCCGGGAUGGAGAGCACUUGCGGUUGCCACGGAUAUUAUGAGGGAAGGUGCUUUGUUUUUUUUUUCCUCUCUCUCUCCUCCUCCUCCUUCCCCUCCUCUAACCCAAUCACCUGGAAGGAGAAAAUGGCCUCCCUGCGUGGAGCUCUCUGAGCUUGAGGGAGUGAAAGGAGCAGGCAGGUACACCUGGGGAAACUCCACCUGUCUUUCUGUCUUACGUUAUUUUUUUCUGUUUUAGUGGAAUGAGUAGCUUGACACUAAAUCCGAAUGUAUUUAUUGCCAGCGAAGCACAGGCAAACCUCGCUACAGUCUCGUACGAUCCCACUGCUGCUGUUUUCUGUGAGUGAAGGGUUCCUGCCUGUCAGUGGAGUGACUAGCUAAUGAAUUCACCAUGGAGACCAUCAGCCAGCCUGUUCUAGUGGCAUUCUCCUCGUCCACUUGGGCAGGAAAAGAACAAAGUGCAAACUGACAAACACCCGUAUGAUACUAAAUGACAUGUCUUAUUCUAAGGUCUCUUUCCUCUUUCUUUCAAAAGCUGAAAAUGUGAAACUCCUUUUGUAUUCUCUGCAUCUAGAGAUCGCUGUGUAGGUCUUAAAACAUGCAGUACAGCAUCAUUCAUAGUUAUGUUCUCACCCGAAGAAUGGAUUUCUCUAAACGGUCCCUGUUCUCUUGAAGAAACGUAACUUCUCCAUUUGUUUCCUUUAUUUUCCACUUUUAUUAUGAUAUUGUUUCAAUGUUCUUGGUCUGAGGGCCUUUUGGAACUGUGUCAUGGACUGUUUGAGAUCCACAGAGUUUCAUAUGUACUUGCUUUAAUUAUUUAAUGUGUCAUGUAAAGAAAAGCACUUUAUCUGUACCUUCGGUGGCCUGCUGGACACUUGUAGAUCGAGCACUAAUUUAGAGGGUUUUUUUUUCUUUUUUUUCCUUUCUGGUUUUGAACAGCGGGCGACCUCUCUACAGCCCUCUGACUCUGACCACCACACCCGGCGCCUUGAAAGUGACUUUUUUUUCUAUUAUACUUGGACAUGGACAAGAAAACGAGCCGCUUUCAGGAACUAGUUGUGUACACUGUAUUAUUGCAUCUAGUCAGGUUUGUCAACCUACAUUCAUUCUCCUGUCCGCCUCCGCCGCCACCACCUCCCUCCUCAUAAAAACUUUCCACUGGAGAAAUGGACGGAAGUGUAAACUCCUAUGCAUCACGUCUUUAUUAAAGCUUUAAAAAAAAAAAUACAAAAAAAGGCACCGUGCUGGAAGGGUACUAUGAAUUUAACACCAGUGUCCUCUGUUGAGCAGCAAGCAGGAUUGAAAUAGCUGCUCUGCUGUGUGAUAUUGCUGCAGGUUUGUUCACUUGUUUUUAUUUUUUUUUAUUAUUAUUAUUAUUUCUUAAAAGUGCAGUCAGAAGAGAGUCACCCUAGUCAGCAAUUGACCUUUAGGGCCUUGAAAAUUUAAAGAGGCACUUCUGUGGUGUGAGGGAGUGAGCGAGGGAGGGAGGGAGGAAAGGAGGUGGGGGAAGGGGAGCCAAACCCAAGCAGAGGUGUAUUUUAAGCUCACUUCUAAGCGCAAAGCCUCUCACCACUGCCUUUCAGUGGUACAUUCUCUUCCUUUUUAUGGAUUACAUGUUUUUUUCCCCCAUCUCCUUCCCAACAUGUUUUUGACGGAGGACAGACCGUAGGGCUGGGAUGAAGCAUUGCGUGUGUGCGUGUGUAUGUGUAGGUGUGUCUGAGUGCGUGUGUGUGCGCCAGUACAACAACUUGUGGUUACUGUCCUCUGAUCAGUGGACUUUUUUACAUGGUGUACAUAAAAUAAAAUAUACAAGCAAUA